CAAAUUUCUUUUUGUUUCUUCUUUGAGAAGUUUUCCGUCGCAAUGUCGUCGCGUGGUGGCUACGGUGGUGCUGGUCGCGGCGGAGGAAGGGGUCGGUCUGACCAGAGACCGGAGCAGUCAUCUGGUUCCGUUGCGUGGCCGGGACUGCAGAGCUCCGGUGGCCGUGGAGGUUCGGGUUCUGGCGGGAGAGGCCGUGGAAACGCCGGACGGGGAAAUACACCCGUCGUUACUGGAGAUCGGAGCGCGAGUUCUUCGUCUGCUCCGUCGGGUGUUGCUCCCGGUGCCGGUGUCGUUGCUUCGUCUUCAGCGACGUCCGUACGGGAGAAACCUAAGGUCUCGAAGUCUGACUCUGGUUCGGAACUUGGUCAGGAGUUAGCGGAGACGGUCCAGAUUUCUCCGGAGACGACACUUUCUCCGGCGUCCUCGAAGGCGUUGACGCACGUGGUCCGGCCUGGGUUUGGUCAAGCGGGGAAGAAAUUGACGAUUCGCGCGAAUCAUUUCCUCGUUCAAGUUGCGGAUAGAGAUCUCUAUCACUACGAUGUCUCAAUCAGUCCUGAGGUGAUAUCAAAGAAGGUGAACAGAGACGUGAUGACAACUCUGGUGCGUACCUAUGGAGAAUCACACUUAGCACAGAAGACUCCUGCCUAUGAUGGGAGGAAGAGUAUAUACACUGCUGGGCCACUGCCCUUUGAGUCUAAAGAGUUCGAUGUUGAUUUAAAUGACAAGAAAGUUGCUGGUUCUUCUUCUAGGAGGGAAAGGAAAUUUAAGGUUGCUAUAAAGCUGGCGUCGAGACCUGACCUUUUUCAGUUGCAGCAAUUUCUCCGCCGGAAACAAAGAGAUGUUCCAUACGAGGCUAUUCAAGUCCUUGAUGUUGUUCUCAGGGAUACGCCCUCUGAGAAGUAUGUCACUGUUGGGAGGUCUUUUUUCGACCCUGGUUUGGGAAAGAAGGGUCCGCUUGGUGAUGGUGUUGAGUACUGGGGUGGAUAUUUCCAGUCUCUCAGACUCACACAAAUGGGACUGUCUCUUAACAUCGAUGUGUCAGCUAGAUCUUUCUAUGAACCGAUUCUUGUCACUGACUUCAUCAUAAAAUAUCUGAAUCUGAGAGACUUUAGCAGGCCACUGAAUGACUCAGAUCGAGUCAAGGUGAAGAAAGCUUUGAAGAGCUUAAGAGUUGAAUUGGCACAUUUUGACUUCGCAAGAAGUUCCAAGAUCAGUGGGAUUUCCAGCUGUCCCAUCAGUCAGCUAAGUUUCACUUUGGAGGACAAUUCCCAAAAAACUGUGGUACAGUAUUUUGCUGAAAAAUAUAACUACAGGGUGAAAUACCCUUGUCUACCUGCUAUUCAAUCAGGGAGUGACUCAAAGCCUUCGUAUCUGCCGAUGGAACUCUGUCAAAUAGCUGAAGGCCAGCGAUACACCAAAAAGCUCAAUGAGAGGCAGGUGACUGCGUUGCUAAGAGCUACCUGCCAACGACCUCCGGAGAGAGAGAAUGCGAUCAAAGGGAUGGUCAAGAAGAAUGGAUAUAACGAGAUUAAGCUUGUGAGCAAGGAGUUUGGGAUGUCCGUCACUGAUCAGCUAGCAUCAGUUGAGGCUCGUGUGCUUCCUCCUCCAAUGUUAAAAUACCAUGAAAGUGGUAAAGAAAAAAUGGUGAAUCCAAGGCUAGGACAGUGGAACAUGAUCGACAAGAAAAUGAUCAAUGGAGCAAGGGUUGCUACCUGGACUUGUGUUAGUUUCUCGACUCGGCUUGAUCGAGGUUUGACCCAAGAGUUCUACAAACAGUUAACUGGCAUGUGCGUGAGCAAAGGAAUGCAAAUAAAUCCAAAUCCUGUUAUGCCACCCGUCUUUUCUACACCUCAAAAAAUCGAGGAAGCACUUCGAGAUAUCCACAAAAGGUUACCACCACCACCAUCACCUGGCGCUCCUGGUCUCCAACUUUUGAUUGUAAUCUUGCCUGAUCUGUCUGGAUCUUAUGGAAAGAUCAAAAGGAUUUGUGAAACGGAGCUAGGGAUAGUCUCUCAGUGUUGUCAACCAAACCAAGCUCGUAAACUCAGCCCGCAGUACAUGGAAAAUGUCGCUUUGAAGAUCAAUGUCAAGUCUGGUGGACGUAAUACAGUUCUUGACGAUGCUAUUAGAAGAAGAAUUCCACUGAUUACGGACCGCCCGACCAUAAUCAUGGGUGCAGACGUGACUCACCCCCAACCUGGAGAGGACUCGAGUCCUUCGAUUGCUGCGGUGGUUGCUUCAAUGGACUGGCCUGAGAUAACCAAAUACCGAGGACUGGUUUCUGCUCAGGCUCAUAGGGAAGAAAUCAUCCAGGACCUGUAUAAGCUGGUGCAGGAUCCUCAGCGAGGGUUAGUCCAUUCUGGUUUGAUAAGGGAGCAUCUCAUGGCUUUCAGGAAGGCUACUGGUCAAAAACCUCAAAGGAUCAUCUUCUUCCGCGACGGAGUCAGCGAAGGACAGUUUAACCAGGUUCUGCUCCACGAGACACAUGCUAUUCACAAAGCAACUAACUCUCUCGAAGAAGGAUAUCUUCCCCGUAUCACGUUUGUGAUUGUCCAGAAAAGACACCACACUCGUUUGUUUCCUGCUCAGCAUGGGAACCGUGAAACGACUGAUAGGAGUGGCAAUAUCCUUCCAGGCACGGUCGUUGACACCAAAAUCUGUCACCCGACAGAGUUUGACUUCUACUUGAACAGCCACUCUGGUAUUCAGGGAACAAGCAGACCUGCACAUUACCAUGUCCUUUACGAUGAUAACGGUUUCACUGCUGAUGCCUUGCAAAUGCUUACCAACAACCUCUGCUACACGUUUGCGAGGUGCACAAGAUCUGUCUCGAUUGUGCCACCGGCUUACUAUGCGCACUUGGCUGCAUUCAGGGCUCGCUAUUACAUGGAGAGUGAGUUUUCUGAUGGAGGUUCGAGCAAGACCAGGAACACGACCACGAGCACAAGUACAUUCGUCUCGCAUCUUCCAGCAAUCAAAGAUAACGUCAAGGACGUUAUGUUCUACUGCUGAUGAUCCCAAGUCACUUUUGAACAACCGAAAGUAAAAACACAGAAACAAUUCGGUUUUGGUUUUCUUAUAACUUAUCUUUUGGCCUUUUGGGUUUUUGGCUGUGAAUAUUUGAAAAAGUUACGGCCAGUAUUUUCAAUUAGGACUUUAAUGCGCUUUGGUUUUCGACGAUGAUCUAACCUUGGUUUGUCGUUGUGGUAAAAAAGAGAAGCGUUUUACUCAUGGUUAUUUUUGUGGGAGAGUAUCAGAUUUAAUUUAUAUUUCAAAG